CGGAGUUUAGGACCCAGGGGCAGCCCGGGACGGCCCUCUGGGCAGCGGAGAUCCUCCCCCAACCUUGCCCGCCCGCCGAGCGGCUCAGAUGUCCGAGUAGCGGCGGCUCUGGCGCUCCGCAACCUCUGUCUGCGGCGGCGGGGGCUGGCGGCCCCGGCCCCUGCCCGGCCCCCUCCCCCAAGCCCAUGCCUCAGCUCUAACCCCGCCGCCCUCCCCCGCGGGGGGCACUUCCCCGUGUCCCCUGCCCGCCCCGUCCAAGUCAGGCGCCAUGAACGACCAGUACCACCGGGCGGCUCGGGACGGCUACCUGGAACUCCUCAAGGAGGCCACCAGGAAGGAGCUGAACGCCCCCGACGAGGAUGGCAUGACCCCCACCCUCUGGGCCGCUUACCACGGCAACCUGGAGUCACUUCGCCUCAUCGUGAGUCGAGGGGGUGACCCGGACAAGUGUGACAUCUGGGGCAACACGCCCCUGCACCUGGCAGCUUCCAAUGGCCACCUGCACUGCCUCUCCUUCCUGGUGUCCUUCGGGGCCAACAUCUGGUGCCUGGACAACGACUACCACACGCCGCUGGACAUGGCCGCCAUGAAGGGCCACAUGGAAUGCGUGCGCUACCUGGACUCCAUCGCGGCCAAGCAGAGCAGCCUCAACCCCAAGCUGGUGGGCAAGCUGAAGGACAAGGCCUUCCGCGAGGCGGAGCGGCGCAUCCGCGAGUGCGCCAAGAUGCAGCGCAAACACCACGAGCGCAUGGAACGGCGCUACCGGCGCGAGCUGGCCGAGCGCUCGGACACGCUCAGCUUCUCCAGCCUCACGUCCAGCACCCUGAGCCAGCGGCUGCAGCAUCUGGCGCUCGGCAGCCACCUGCCCUACUCGCAGGCCACGCUGCACGGCACCGCCAAGGGCAAGACCAAGAUCCAGAAGAAGCUGGAGCGGCGCAAGCAGGGCGGCGAAGGCACCUUCAAGAUCUCCGAGGACGGCCGCAAGAGCGUGCGCUCGCUCUCGGGCCUGCAGCUGGGCAGCGACGUGAUGUUUGUGCGCCAGGGCACCUACGCCAACCCCAAGGAGUGGGGCCGUGCCCCGCUCCGGGACAUGUUCCUCUCCGACGAGGACAGCGUCUCCCGUGCCACACUGGCGGCCGAGCCUGCGCGCUCGGAGGUCAGCACCGACUCAGGCCACGACUCCCUGUUUACCCGCCCGGGCCUGGGCACCAUGGUGUUCCGCAGGAACUACCUGAGCAGCGGGCUGCACGGCCUGGGCCGCGAGGACGCGGCGCUGGACGGCGCGGGCACGCCGCGGGGUCGGCUUCAGAGCUCCCCCAGCCUCGACGACGACAGCCUGGGCAGUGCCAACAGCCUGCAGGACCGCAGCUGCGGGGAGGAGCUGCCCUGGGACGAGCUGGACUUGGGCCUGGACGAGGACCUGGAGCCUGAGACGAGCCCGCUGGAGACGUUCCUGGCCUCCCUGCAGAUGGAGGCCUUCACCUCCAUCCUGCGGCAGGAGAAGAUCGACCUCGAGGCGCUCAUGCUGUGCUCGGACCUCGACCUCCGCAGCAUCAGCGUCCCCCUGGGACCCCGCAAGAAGAUCAUGGGGGCCGUGCGGAGGCGGAGGCAGGCGCUGGAGCACCCGCCGGCCCUGGAGGACACAGAGUUGUGAGCGCCCAGAGCCUCGGCGGGGAUGGCAAGAUAGGGCUUGUAAGGCCCUGGGGUGGGCGUGGAUCUGUCUGCCUUUUCGGGUGGGGGAUAAUAACUAGGUCGCCGUCCGUUCCAAGAGGCCCCACGUAUUUGCCCCCGAUUCGGAAAAAGAAGCUGCCAAUGUACGUCGCUGAUGUCAAAUGCACCUCGAUCUUGAAGAAGUCACGAUGCAGGAAAAUGGGUGUCUUCGUAUGGAUGAGACCCAGUAGUCAUAGUAAUCGCAGCCGGGCCGUUUUGAGCCCUCCCAUCUCCUGGGUACUGGAGUUGCCCUUGCACAAGUCCUCUCUUGUGCAGGGGCUGUAUCAUCCCCAUUUUACAGAUAACAGGGGCUCCUACCCCCAUACCAAAAAGAGUUGCAAGUUGCCACACCCACGGUGGGACCACGAGGCCCUCACAGUUACCAGCCCUGCAGCUCCCCAGCCGCUUCCCCGGGAGCAAGGACCGUGCGGUCAUCUCCCUUGAAAGCCUGUCCCCACUCUGCCGCAGAGGGUGUGGCCUGGAGGCACCUGGAAGGCCAAGAGAGUGACUCAGAACAUCAAUUCUGAGGGGUCCUGGGGCCCCUAAGCCACCUCUCUCUGAGUGGCUCUAAAGCACGUGUGCAUUUGUGGAAGGCCAGCCCCAGGGCCAGGGCAGGGGCCACUAGAUGACCAGCCCAUCAGAGCUGGAUGGGAGCUUGUGGUGCGACUGGGCAUGGCUUGCCCUGGGGCCGUGGUCUGUCCCCACCCCUCCUCUAAGGGUCCUGUGAUCUGCUCAGUCUGGAGACUCCCCUCCUACAUUUUUGUGCAGGAAGAGUUUGGGCUGCCUCCCCUCCCCCUGUACAGCCCAGAGAGGAGGUUCCCAGCUAGACUCUUCAGCCAAAUGCCCCAGCUUUAGUCCCCACCCCGCCCCGAGCACGGCCAGUCCCCUUCUCCUUCUCCCACUGGCCAUGCUGGGGAGUUGGAGUGCCAGGCUGGGCUGGGCUGGGGGUGACCGGUGCCCUUCCAGCCUACCCCGGGGUGGGGCCCAGCCUGACUCCGCCCUCCCCGCCCUGUCCUUCUCCACUCACUCUCUCCUUGGUUGUGCAGCCCGGUGCCCCCAACCCCAGGGACCCCAGAGGGUCAGGGCAAUAGAUCCAAGGUGCUAGAGCGACUGGCUACAGUAUUACGGCCUCGAGGCUCGGCGGGCAUCUCUGGGCUGGGGAAAGGCAUCUGCCAACUGGCUCAGAGUCUCCCAGGCCCAAACCAGUCAGAGACUGGUUGUGGCUGGGUGUCCAGCCUCGUGUGGGCGAGUCCUGCCACGUGGACACGGGAGCCUGAGGAUGUGGACAGUCUAAACUGCUGAUUGUCCUCAGGCCCCCAGGGCUCUGGGCAAGGUCUGGAAGCAGCUGGGUGGCUGCCUGAUUCUGCAUGGGUAGCGGGUAGGGGGGAGUUCUGCACGGGUCCCUGCUUUGUGAUGCUGGUGAGACCAGGGGAAAGGCCCGCCUCAGAGGGUCCUCAGACCAAGGUCACGGCUGUGGGAGGGUCACUCAGGAGCCCACACGGUGUGCACAUAUACACUGCAUGCAGAUGUGCCCUUCCUCCUCUGUCAACAAUGGUGCCCCCGUCCCUGACCUUCAGCUUGGGAAGCAGCUCCUCUCGGGAGCAUUGCCACAGCCCCCAGCUCCUUCCUGGGCCCCCCUUGGCUGCUGCAGGGGAGAGAGAAGCCCCCCAAAACGCCACAGGCCUCCCUCUGGUGUGUCUUUCUGAGCAGGGGUCAGAGCUGGGGGCGUGAUGGAGGUGGUCCCUGUUCUCACGCUGAAGGCUUGGUCGCCUGCCACUGCCACCCUGAGCCCACCGCAGUCUUUCUCCCCGUCCUCUGGGCCUGGGGCCACCCCCAAGUGCCGACUUGACUUUCCCGGAGCCCCAGGUGCUGCCCUUUCUCUCCUGUUCCCUGUCCGUGUACCGCCUCAGCCCCCUCCCUGUUCUCUCAGUGCUGGGGUGGGGCGGGCUCCCCGAUUCCCACCACUGUACAAAGUACCCCUCCCUCAGGCUCAUUAUAAUUUUUGUAGAGAAUGUUCUCCAUCCUU